AUGAAGAAAUCACUCCUUGAGCUGGAUCCAGAAGCCGAUGCGCUGCUCAUCUUGCGAUGUCCCAACUUGCAACAGGUUCAUCCAGUAAAGGAACAGGAUGUACAGCAUGAGACACAUAAGGCCGAACUGAGGACGACUUCCCCGCCCCAAACUAAAGGCAACCAGAAAAGCAAAACACCAACGGACCUGAAUGGUAUCACAUCUCUACAACCAUAUCAGGAGACUGGUAAUCCUAACGAGAUUGAAUUUCGAGUAUCCGCCAAGCAUCUUUGUGGCGCGUCAGCAGUUUUUAGAAAGAUGAUAAAAGGCAACUUUCAAGAAUCGCAACCCAACGACAAAGGCUUCUUGGAAAUUAGAGCUUCGGACUGGAAUGCCCGGGCCCUCCUGGUCUUACUUGACAUUAUACAUGGCCACCACCGUCAGGUACCAAGAAACCUAGAUCUGGACACCGUAGCACAAAUUGGGUUCCUCGUUGAUUACUACGACUGCCUUGAAAUUGUUCAGGUUUUCUUUGAUCACUGGCAAGCACAUCUCCCCGAUUGGUGGAGAUAUAUCUGGGAGAACUUUGACAGAAGCUUAACAAAUUCUUUUGGUGAAGCCGAGUCAUUGCUGUUAUUUAUUGCCUUGAAAUUUCAACACCCAUUGGUCUUCAAGAACCUGACAAUUUCCGCAAUACUCACAACACCCGGCCUUAUUGAAACACAUCUGCCGAUACCCAGCCAAAUCCUCGGUAUGAACUCCUGCUUAACCCACGACAUAGGUAGAGUGGCUAAUUUGGGAUAG